AUGGAAUCGAUUACAUUGUUGUUUACAUUAUUAUUUGCUACGAUAAUUUAUAUUCUUUUUGAAACUCAACGUAAAAAAUCAAAUCUUCCAAAUGGAAGUAUUCCUCUCCCGGGACCAAAACCACUUCCAAUUAUUGGAAAUUUACACCAAUUGAAAGGUUUAUCGUAUCAAGGUUUUGUUGACGAGUUUACUAAAAAAUAUGGUCCAAUAUUUCAAGUUCGAUUUGGAGCAAAUCCCUGGGUCGUUAUAAACGAUUACGAGAUCAUUAGAGAUUUAUUGAUUAAACGAGGCUCUAUUUAUUCUUCAAGACCUUUUAAUGAGGCUUCUACAAGAAUUUACUAUGAAGGAGGAAAAAACAUAGGAUUCUCUCCGUACGGAAAAUAUUGGAGAGCUAUGCGUGCAUUAGCACAUCAAGCACUUACACAAAAAAUGGUUGAUAACAAUUAUCGUUUUGAUCCUACCAAGGAUAUGAGGUUAAGUUUAAUCGAUUUACUUGCCACCAUAUCAUAUGGACAAAAAUCCGAAAAUUUAUCCCAAAAAAUAGAGCAAAUGAUUUUUGAAUUUGGUGAAAUUCUAAAUCCAAGAAAUUAUUAUAUUGAGAUGUUUCCAUGGUUAAAAUAUUUUCCGUUUCUGGCAAAUAGAUUAUAUUCUUUCGCUUACAAAGCAAAGGCAUUAGUUAGGGAAAUAUCUACAGAAUUAUUAAAAGAUUUACGUCAAAGAUUGCAAGAAAAUGAUGGUGAAGAAAAUAGUUUUGCUGCUCUUGUAUUGAAAAAUAUGGAUAUUUCUUCUACUAUUGUCACAAAACCUUAUGAAGAUUCUUUGGAACUCGAUGAAGAUAAUUCAUUUACUUUUGACGAGGUGGAUUUUAUGAAUCUAAAUAAUUCUUUUUUAAUCUCGGGUACUGGCACUACGGUUUCUGCUAUACGCUGGUCUGGGUACGCUAUUCUUGUAAACCAUCCGGAAGUACAACGUAAAAUUCAGAAAGAAUUGGAUGAAUGUCUUCAAGGAAAUCGUUUUCCAUCACCUCAAGAUGACCCAAAAUUACCUUAUCUCCAUGCUACCGUUAAGGAAUGCUUUAGAUACAGGCCAGAUAGGAAUUUUUUAUUGCAACAUUCAACUACAAAAGAUGAUAUAUAUCGAGGUUAUCAUAUUCCAGCAAAAUCUACCAUACUUGUAAGUUAUAAAUCCGCUCAUACAAGUGAGAAACUUUUCGAACGUCCAAAUGAAUUUUAUCCUGAACAUUAUCUUGAUGAAAAUGGACAACUUAGGAAGUAUGAUGAGUUAAGAGAUCCUUGGGCUUUUGGUAAAGGAAGAAGAGCUUGUGUAGGACAACAUCUUGCUGAAAGAAACUUACUUACUACAAUUAGUUAUGUAUUAACUUUAUUUGAUAUUGAAAAUGAUAUUGAUCAAACUGGGAAUCCGAUUAAAUUAAAUUUAAAAUAUGUUGAAAGUGAUCAAGAGGGUAAAGAACCUUAUAAAUUAAGAUUUGUUCCUAGAUCUGGUGUCACCCUCGAGAAAAUCAUGCAAAUGAAUUAA